UAGAUAUUCCUUAAUAAAUGCGACGACGGCGACGUAGCAGAUGCGAGUGCAUUUCAUGUUCCUUCCUGAGAUACAUUUCGACGUCAAGUCAUCAUGUCCUUCCACAACUUAAAUACGAAUCCUUCUAGGGAGGAUCGCGACAAUGCUUCGUUCCUCUCUCCUAUCGCAUACGACGACGAUGCUUCGUCUCUUCACUCCCGUAGCGAUCAAGAUACCGAUACCGACGAUGACGAACUUAUCUCGCGUGCGAGAAACAGUAGAGAAUUGCGUGCUCAUGAUCGUAUCGUGUUGAUGGAGGAGGAAGAUAUCGACCGACUUGUUACCGAUUCGCGACAAAAGAAAGAACGGGAGCGUCGUGGCUCAGGACUCGCAGUACCUAAUAUAGGCAAAAUCUUUGGUCGUCGAGGAAGCAGUUCAGGGAAUCGUUCGAUCAACAGCUCCGCCGAAAAUCUUGUGAUUGAGAAGCGAAAAACUCGACGCCAACGGAGACAGAGGAAACGAGAGAAACUUGUGGAGCAUGCUCAACAUGGAGAGGACGGAGAGUUGAUGUAUGAGAUGGAAGAGGGAGGUAUGAAGGAAGGAAGCUCAACUGGCGAAAGCAGCGAGAGGGAUGAUAGUGACGAAUUGGAUCGGCAUCAUCUAAAUAUGAUUGCCGAAGCAAAGGCCCAGCGACGUCGCAGCUGGCGCCGGUGGGUCUUCAUUCACUCCCUGAUCGCCAUAGGCUUCGCGAUCUUAAUUCUAUUAGCCUGGAAGCUAUCCAAGAAUCGCAGGAACAGAUUCACCAAGGCGAACCAACCCCUGGUCAGCAAUGGAACCGCCCUCUUUGCGCCCACGUCCCUCAUCAUCAGCCUGGAUGGUUUCCGCGCCGACUUCCUCCAACGUGGAUUGACGCCUACCUUAAACUCGUUCGUUGCUGAGGGAGUGUCGCCGAAAUGGAUGCAUCCUUCUUUUCCAUCAGUCACGUUCCCGAACCAUUACACUCUUGCGACAGGCUUAUAUCCCGAAAGCCAUGGCAUCGUCAGCAACACCUUCUGGGAUCCUGACAUGCAAUCGCAAUUCUACUACACCCAUCCUGGCCAGAGCCUUGACCCAAAAUGGUGGGGAGGAGAGCCUUUCUGGGUCACAGCAGAGAAACAAGGGGUUCGGAGUGCUGUCCAUAUGUGGCCAGGAAGCGAGGCACAUGUCCUCCACACUGAACCAAGCUUGAUGGAUAAGUUCAAUGGCAAAGAAACACUUGAGAACAAGGUUGCCAGAAUCAUGGAGUUUCUUGAUAUGCCCGGCUUUGAGGACAAGACCGUGGACACUGGCAACAUGCGACCACAAUUGAUUGCCGCUUACGUUCCUCAUGUCGAUAGUGAUGGUCAUAAAUUCGGUCCCAACUCCACCGAGAUCCGCCAAACCAUCAGUAACGUGGAUAGCAUGCUGAGACAGGUCUUCCAUGGUCUUGAGCAACGCAACUUGACCGACAUUGUCAAUGUGAUUGUCGUCUCCGAUCACGGGAUGGCAACCACAGAUAUCUCAAGACUAAUCCAGCUUGAAGACCUCAUCGAUACUGACAAGAUUGAACAUAUCGAUGGCUGGCCGCUCUACGGCCUUCGUCCCAAGAAUCCCGACGACCUGAAAGGACUCUAUGAUGAGCUCAAGGAGAAGUCAAAGUCAAACCCCAAAUUUGAAGUCUAUCUUCGUGAUGUCGACAUGCCCGAGCGAUAUCACUUCUCCAAGCAUCACCGCAUCGCCCCGUUGUGGGUUAUACCUGAGACAGGAUGGGCCAUUGUCACCAGAGACGAGUUCAAUGUUGAAGAAGGAAAGAAGAAGAACCUCGUAUAUCAUCCGCGAGGCCUACAUGGUUAUGACCAUGAGCAUCCACUUAUGAGAGCCAUUUUCAUUGCCCGUGGCCCUGCGUUCCCCCACCCAGCGAACAGCCAGAUCGAAGUUUUCCAAAACAUUGAGGUGUACAACAUGUUGUGCGACUCCGUUGGUUUGACGCCCAGCCCCAACAAUGGAACUUUAAGGCUUCCCCUGAAGCCCAUCGGCGUGCACAAGCCCGAAGAUACACCCGAGGAACCUGCCGAUCCUCCGUCCGCCCCCAAGAAGCCGGCGCGCCCAACUUUGCCGGAGAAGCCAAGUCAUCCCGAGCAGCCAACUGUGCCCCAAAAGCCCACCCAGCCUGAACGACCUACGGUUCCAGUUGCCCCUACGCAGUCCACCAAGGCGACAUUCUCACUCAACAAACCCACGAAACCAUCAAAGUCGGCUGUCCCCUCUAAGGACAGCGGAGGUAAGGAUGGUGAUAGUGACAGCGACGGCGACGGCGAUAGUGACAGUGGCGACGAUGACGAUGAGAAAGACCAAGGAAUCUGGGAUUGGUUCACUCACAAAGUGGAGAAAGUCUGGCAUAAAAUCACUGGAGAUGAUGAUUGAACUGUGAAUAUCUAUGUAUAUCCUGUACCUAAGGUACCCAGGUUGGAAAUGUUGUGCAUAUUUCUUUGUAUUUUUUCGGCGUUCAAAGGGGCCAUGAUGGAGCACAAGGCGUUUGACAUUGCGACGGGCAAGACGAGGCUUUGGAUUCGUCCAAGCAAAGUUGGUACAAAUCUGAUAUCCUUUCUUUUUUUCUCCUUUCAACCUUGCCGGUUUGAAAACGAGGCGGAAUGCUGUGCUCACCUCACACUGGUGUUGCACUUUGUUUGUGUGACCUUUGUGCUCUUUGCCAGAGUGCCACGUAUAAGGAUAUUUUAUCAAGAGGCGGUGUACACUGCAUGUAGGUGUUCAUUCACAUAGCCUAUUCCCUUGAAAACGUACUUUUGCCUGCAUCAAAGAGGUGGUGGGAUUUGAGACAUGGCCAAAGAACGUUUGUUGCACUCCGCCUCAAUGUCCUGCAUAGUACCCAAGAUACCUUAGGUUAGGUGAAUUGGUAGGUAUCAUGCCUUGCUUACCUAGGUUAAGUAAGUACUUAGGUAUAGUAGGUUACAAUACCUUGGAGUCAUCCAUGCCUUUACUCAAGAACUGCAUUAUGUGAGGCUCCUCAAGUUAUAAUGCCGU